AAUUGGAAGAUGAAUAUCGUACAAGUAACCUUGUAAAAUACUAAUGAACUAUUAUUAAAAAAAAAAUGAAUCUACAAAGGAGCGUAGAUGUGACUCCUCAGAGGCAAAUCUCAACUAACCCCGCCCACGGAGAUCAUAAAAUGUUGCAAAUGAUACGCUUCCGUUUGCCAUCCUAAGCAUCCGAACAGCAUGCUAUUCGAAGCCGUUCAAAAUGGUGACCUAGAGAAGGUAGCCACCCUGCUGGGCAACGGCGCCGAUGUCAACGAGCGGGACGAUAAGUUCUUCAACACCGCCCUGCACCGGUCAAUCUUUGCCAAAGAAAACCGCUACGAGCUGAUUGAUUUGCUGAUUUCGCGAGGAGCCGACUGCAAUGCACUCAACAAGAAGUACCUCACGGCUUCGGAGUUGGCCCUGGGGAAGAAGCUCGAUGAUCUGGCGAAGCACAUGGUCCUGCGAGAAACCGAACACAUCGACGACCAUCUGGCCUAUUAUCUGCUGAUCCGGCGUGGUAACCUGCAGCUGUUCGAAUUCCUGAUCUCGAUCAAGCGGCUCAAGUACGAGGAUGAGAUUUUGAUCAUUGCCAAGGCGUACGCCGAGCUGAAGCUGAAGAAUGUCCCCUUGAAGGAGCACAUGGAAGCGUAUCUGAACGAAAUACUGAUCAAUCACGAUUACUGGCUGAUCAAUAGCAGCAGCAGCAACGGGAAGCAGCGUAAGGAUCGCGUUCAGAAUGUGCACCGGAUUCGCGAGAUCGUGGACAACGUCCGGGAAUUGUUCAUCUCGUACGACAAUCACAACCUGAUGGAUGUGGAUAGUGUGUUCUUGCUGCGGUUGUCGUACAUCCUGGAAAACAUCUUCUUCAUUCGGAACCAGUAUAAGGAGCUUCCGUUGCAUCAUGUGGAGUUCUGUAUCGGCAUCUUCUUGCACAUUUGGAAAAACCCCCCGCACUACGAUAUCUACAGAACGAUGAUCGACAAAAGGCAGUUGCUCAUCUACUUGGAAGCCAUUGCCAGUGAGCUGAAGAAAAUAGUUGCCCUUCCGUGUUAUAACUUAACACCGUCCCCAAGUCCACCACCUUCAGCAAUAUCCAUCUCAUCGGAUUCAAGCUCUACUGCAUCAGCUUCGUCGCCGAUUGGAACGACCUCUAAUCCAUCAAAAACGCGCACACGGUUCCGAUGGUCAACGGAGCUGAACCGGGAGUUGCUGUUCUGUUACUAUGUAGUCACUAGUGGUGGCCAUAAUUUAGUCGGCUAUCGUCAGCGGUUUCACGAUCUGUGGUGCAACCGGCAAGUAUCCUGUGACCAUCUAACCGAACAGAACCUCUUCAGUCAACUGCGACGAAUACAGCGAGAUCAGCUACUUCCGGAUGACAUCUGCCGCAAGCUACGGUCCGAAGCGUGUGAGUACGAGUUCGACUACCACUGUUCACGAUCGCGUCCGUUGAGGAUCUCCGACAAGAAUAGGAAAGUGUUCCGAAAGCUAGCAAAGAACUAUAGCCGACUGAAGGAACUUCACUCGGUUAACCGAGCAUUGCACUACCUGAACUCGGUUAUCGACAUGAAGUUCAACGCCAGUAGGGAGAUUGACGUGCUAGCUAUGAAGAGGGUUGUGCAGGUUCUAGGGGAAACUAUUCGAAAUAGUAAGGACACUACCAAUAUCGGGAAGCAUUUGGCUAGCUUUCUGGGCAUUCUAGUUCCAAAAUACUUUCUAAAUAACACAAAAGCACGUCACUACUUGUCGCAUUGCCGCAGGGACUUCUCUUCGUUGCUGUACAUCGACGAACAGAUAGACUACGCUGAGCUGCACCGUAAUCUUAGGAUCUUGAGAAACCUCUUGUUGUACGUACAAAAUCUAGAAUAUAUCCUAGCGAUUAAGACCCUGAUGAAUCGCUUGUAUGACAGCAAAUGCAUAGAAGAAGUCAAAUCUUACUACGCUUACAUAUUUCGGAACAAUUCUAGAGACUUCUUGAAAGAUCUGGAAUUUGCUCCUUUCCUUCUGCUGGAAAUUCAUUCGAUCGUGAGUACGUUGAUCGAAGAUCAAUGCAAAGCUGGGCUAAAACUCUCCGAUCGAAUCGAGAAAAUAAAGCUCCGCAUUCGAAAAGAGAUCGACAGCUACAAAACUCUGCAUCAACAGUUCAGCAAUACGAUCCUGAUGAUCGACUGCAUUAUUUCCAAGAUCAAAUCCAAUAACAGUCACGAAAAAAUUCGCCACCUCGUUCGAUCGCAUCUGCGAGCAUUCCAGCUUGAUCACAAGGUGAGCCAACUCUUCCUGAGUCAGCUGCGAUCGCAGCUGCUGCUCUAUCUAUACGAUGAUCUCAAAUCGAUUGGCAGCGAACAGAUCCAAUCCCAUUCGGCACUUUUGGUUGCAAGGGUUCUCUUUGCAAUCGACAACCACCAGGUCCAACCGGGGUCGUUCGAUUGCAGUUACCCGAAAUCUUUCGCAGUUCCAUUCACGGAUGAUUGUACGACUUUGAUUGCUCGCCUGGAGACAAGAACCGGUCGAUCAUUCAAUUUCCUCCAUCAGGAUCCCAUUUUCCAAAAAUCGAAAGAUCACCCAAACAAGCGGUAUGAUCUUCUCCGUCAAUGCCUCUCCAAGCACAACGUCACUCUCGAAGCAUCCAUAUUGAAUGAACUCAAACAGGAAGACGAAAAUAUCGCCGAAAAUAAAGUAAGCCAAUUGCAGAACCUCUUCUUGGAUCAGAACAUGAACAUCCGAUCGCUCAACCGGGUUGAAGAGAUUGCAUUCGAAAUGGUUAUGCUGGAGGCAACGUGGGCACUGUCGCCGAGACUUCUGAACAAUGCCGACAGCCUUCUAAACUACGUUCCCGUUCUGACGGGGAGAAAUCUGCGGAACUACCUUGCCCACGGGAGCAUAACCUACGAAGUAUUGAUCUCCAACGUUAGCUUCAAAACCAUUCUACAAAACGCGCUCAGCAUAAUCAAACUCUCCAAGAACAUAAUUUCCGAAAUCUACGAUCGUCAUAGUUGGGACUUCAGUGAUCGAUUGGAAUGCUUAAAACAUCAAACGAGUAUUUUGGAAGGCUUCCGGUUUCAGAGCUCUAACGAAAUACGAACCACGAUCAAGCGUGAUCAGUAUCUGAUCGGGCAGAAUCAUCUGAAUCACGGCAUCGUCGACCAAUUAGUACAAACGCAAAGUUGUCUCCUCUUGGGACACCUCUUGGAUGUGGGUAAAGUCAACGACCUGCUAAAAGUACUCUGUCAUUUGAUGGAGGACAUCAGCGUCAUUCCGGCCAGUGGAAAGCUUCACGAUCUGGCUGCUGACCUGCCUGCUCGGAUACGAUUUUGUUAUAACCUCGCACUGCUGAGUAACGAAGAAGAUAUCCUGCUGAAGAUUGUCACUGACUUUGGAUACGAUCAAAUCGACGCCAUCCCAAUGAUCUUCAACUUUGACAAGCUGUUCACCAGCCUGCUGGAGAACCACCCUGAAUACGACGUCAAUACGGAUUCAAACGUGGAGAUUCUUCACUAUGCCGUUCUUUCCGGGAACGUGGAAUUGUUGAACCUGCUGCUGGAUCAGUGCAACGAUCUGAAUCAACGAGAUGUGUACAAACUUACUCCGCUGGAUGUGGCAUGCAAGCUGAGUAACUUGGAAAUGAUCAAAACUCUAACAAAUGCCGGAGCUAGGUGGUACACUAACAAUCUAAGCCAGUACACCUGGCUGUUCCUGAACAACGAUCACGAAGCGAUCAUAUUCCUGAAGAACAAUGAUCUUCUGAACGAAAAAAUCACUCGAGCUUGCAUCAACCUCUUCUUGCAGUACUGCGAUGACGACAAGGAAGAGAUAGUGGAAUUCAUGUUGAAUUAUGUGGAUUACACGAACCUGUAUGCGAUAGCGGCAAGAUUCAGAAGAGUUAACGUACUGAAUUUUAUGAUCGCCAAUGAUGAACGGAUGAAGGUCAACAUCAAUAGAAAAGACAGUAUGGGACAAACGGCGCUGCAUGUCGCUUGUGGGAAAGGAUAUCACGAUGUAGUUCAACUUCUUCUAAAGCAAGGCGUGAAUCCCAAUUUACAGGACGCAGCAGGAAACACCCCUCUGCAUCUUGCUGUUGAGUGCGGUGGCAUUGCAAUUACGAAAUUGCUAUUGAAGUUAAACGCGAAAAUAGACUUGGAGAAUCAGAUGAGCAGGACACCACUGGACUUAGCUGCUCAGUUGGAGAAUGUGCGCAUCGUUAAACUACUUCUCACACAGAAGCAGCCAAUUCGGGCUGUUCGGAUACCCGAAUCUCUUCAAUCGCUGGAAGUUCUGUGUCUGUUGAAAAUGGCGAAUGUAAAGUACAAAUUAGAAUCGGAUGCGUGCUACCAUGAUUCGUUAACUCCGCUUCACUUGGUCGAAGAUGAAAGCAGGUUACGGAUUUUGUUACACUAUUUCCAAGUAGAUGAUCAAAGUUCCCAGUUUAUGGAUACGCCACUUCACCUAGCUUGCUUGAUGAAUCGUGUCAAGAUCGUUCGCGUGCUGCUGCAACGCGGAGCAAAUCCGAGCCUUACGAAUUGUGAUAACCUUCUACCACUUCAUUUGGCAGUGAUCAACCGAAACGGGGAGAUAGUAAGCAUGCUGAUGGCCUAUGUUGAACAGCUGGACACAAAUUACGUCAAUUUAGCUCUAUCGAUAGCAGUUCAGAAAGGGUUCUUGGAUAUUGCAAGCAUCUUACUAGACUUCAGAGCGGAUAUUUCCGUACUAUCAUCGGCCAUCGGCGAUUCAGAGCGCAAUCUGCUCCACGCAGCUGCACGGGAAGGCUUCAUCAGAAUUCUACGCUACCUCCUACAAGAGCGAAUAUUCGAUGUGAAUGUCGAGGACUCCAGCGGGUUGACUCCGCUGUUUCACGCAGUGAUCAGCGGAAACAUCGAAACAGUUGAAGUGCUCCUACAGUACGGAGCCAAUUUAGAUCAUACAACUAAAUCCGGUCAAAAUGUCAUUACCAUAGCCACCAUGUAUGAUCGCCUGGAUAUCGUCCGGUAUUUUAUGAACAACUUCCCCAGCACAGUAGACUGCGUUCUGAGUCCGCUCAAGGGACAAAAUACCUGCCUUCACAUUGCCGUCCUCAAGGGAUCGCAGGCCAUGGUAGAAUAUUUCGUCAAACUUCACUUAGACAACGGCUAUCAUCUGAACGCGCAAAAUCAGGAAGGUUUCACAGCGCUCCACAUUUGUGCCCAGACUGGGAAUGAACGGCUUUUCAGGAUACUGCUGGAGAACGGAGCUGAUCCAAACGUCACCCUUGAUAACAAACAGUCGAUCCUGCACACUGCCGUUUCGAACAAGAGCAUGAACAUCGUCCGGAUCGUACUGGAUCGAGGGUUGAUCGAUCUGAACGCACACGAUGACGACGGUCGAACGAUUCUGCAUUAUUCCGUGUAUUCGAAGGAGGUAACCGUGGUACGGGAGGUCCUCAAGAUCCGUGGUUUGCAGAUCAAUCAACAGGACUGCGAGGGCAACAGUGCGCUUCAUUUGGCGGCAGAGAAUCAAUAUGUCGACAUCUACAAUCUCCUGCGUCGGCCAGUGGAUAACGAACUGAGGAGUCACGGCCGGAAACGUGCAAUCGAUGUUCUACUGAGGAAGUAGAGCUCUAGGAACUAGCGCAUACAGAUAGGUAUUGUGUACAGAGAAAUCCCAUGUCUUCGGAAGGAACUGUUGUGUUUUUUAUGUUUAUGGAAAAUCUAUAGAACUACUUGCAACUAUAACGGUGUCGUGUGAUUUUAUGUAUAAACUAGUGGUAGAUGUGAAAUUAUGGAAUCCAAAAUUUGUAGUGUUUGGUAUUUUAGGUAAUGAAUGCCGUUGCAGUUGGUGCCAGAAAGUGGGAAUUGUUUGCGGUCAUUUCCACCACAAGCUGUAUGUUCAGAGCAAAACAAUUCCAAAUGAGAUAAACAUGACCAAAAAAACACAUUCUGAAUAAGAAUAUCCAUUCACUUGAAAAAUAUUUGUAUAUCUGGGAUCUCCAAACAUAUUCAAAGAAAAGUAUUUGAAAUGUUGUCUUAGGCCGGAAUGUUAAAUAAUUUCAAAUUCGCUGGUCAGAUUUCUAAAACUAUUCCAACCUUUUCACUUUUUCUCAUUCUGCCACAGUGACUAAUUUAGUCUAAUGGAUUUCGGCCUAAUGGCGUUCUGUUCAGUGGCCAUCAGCCUAAUGGAACUAGUAUACAUAUAUUACUCGAGAAUCGCAUCAUAAAUCUUCGAAGAUUAACUAUAGGGUAAAUCAGUCAAGCAAAAUCAAACCAAUGAAUCGGCAGCUUUGACACCUGCUUAACUGGCAUCACUACAUGUGCAAUUGUACAUUUCAAAGCAAACGUUAAACCUUAGAUAUGUAUUAUUUUGUGUGGCUAAAUCAAUUGCAACAUCAAUAUUUGUAAACAAUAUAUUCCAAACAGAACACGCUUCAUGUAAAGUGUUGCCAUCUUCGAGUAAUCUUUCAAUUCACAAACAACUGAUGCAAAUAUUUGCACUGAUGUGGUCCUUCAAAAUCGGGAAGGAGCGGCAUCUGUCACUCGAUAAAGGCGCAAUAGUUCAUAAGACAUAAACAAUAGAUAUAUUUAUAUGUGACCAAUAUAUAAAUAUAACCGGAUACCAUUACAGCAGCUGCAAACAAAUCGAACCAAUUUACUAACAGACGUACACAAAACUACUGGAAAAUCGUGCAACACUUCGAUUUUUGUCUAUCUUACUUUCGAAAUCUAUAUCACAGAUGAACAAUAUAACUCAAAGGUGGAUUCUGACUACCAAAACUCAGAGUCCACUUUUUACCGUAAUAAACUUCACUAAUCAGUUAUCUUCAAACAGCAUUUUUGUUACUCAAACUGCAAUAACCAAAUAUAUAUGAUCGAUCGAUUUAUAUAUAUCCACCAUAAAUACAACCACAAUAACACAAGUAUUGAAUGACAGAUGCCGCAAAUUACCCCGUCUUCGGAAUAUGAAUCAUUUAACUAGCGCAAUCCUGUAAGUGAGCAGAAACUAGCCAGCUUUUCAGUAGCCGGUGUGUUUCUACUGCUAGAAAAUCGUAAGGACAGAAAGGUGAACACCUACACAUGAGAAAAUCGUUGAAACCCCCAUUAAUUGAACCAAAAAUGUCACAUUAUGAAAGCUAGUCAAUCAAAGUAACUUACCGUCAUAUGGAACCUAAAUGUCACCCACGAUGCAAAGCUGCUGCCUCGUGAUUGAUCUUUAUCUCAUCCCAAGAAGGAAGCAAUUCAAACCCGAAUCGAACCGUUUAUUGGUUUUCUAUCCUCCUUGCAGUGAAAAGUUGAGGUUAUGAAAUAAAAUCAAUCGAAAGGUUUCGAUUCGUGAAAAUAAAUAGUGUAGAGACAUAGCUAAAUCUGUGAAUUAAAAUUCACUACCAUAGAAAGCAAGAAAAAUCGCAUUUUAAAAAUGAAAACUCAAAACAUAGAACAAACGUGAGAUUCAUACAGAAACAAAAACUAGGAAAUCGAAAUAGUAAUGCAAAA